AAAAAGGAGAAAUUACUAGUUCUCCAUACCAACACUGUAUACUUAUUCAAAUAUGUCGAAAGAUUCCCCUGCUCCAGUGGAAGUUUCGAGCACUCUCUCAAAGUCCACCAACGUGUCUUCCGAUGCGUUGUUGUACAACCAAACACAAGAUCAACAAAGUAAUGCUGAAUCCAGGUUUUCUGAACUGAACACUAGACCCACUAAAAUGGUGAUCAUUCUUACUUUGGUCUCGUCUAUCAGUGGGUUCAUGUUUGGGUAUGACACUGGUUAUAUUUCUUCAGCACUUGUUAAUGUCGGGACUGAUCUUAGUAAUAAAAUUCUUACAUCUGGUGAAAAGGAAUUCAUCACAUCCGCCACUUCCUUGGGGGCCUUUUUCGGAGCUAUAAUUGGUGGUAUCUUGGCCAACUUGAUUGGUAGAAAGAAGGUUCUUUUGGGAUCUAAUGUCAUCUUUGUUGUUGGUACCAUCAUACAAGUUGUUGCCCAUACUGUCUGGACAAUGAUUGCUGGUAGAUUUGUUUUGGGUCUUGGGGUUGGUAUUGCCUCAUUAAUCUCGCCAUUGAUGUUGAGUGAAUUGGCCCCUGCUAAAUACAGAGGUCGUUUGAUUGUUACCAACUGUAUGUUCAUCACUGGAGGUCAAUUGGUGGCCUACUUCAUCAAUUGGGGCUUGGUUCAUGUUAACCAAGGUUGGAGAAUUUCUGUUGGUUUGUGUAUGGUACCACCAGUCAUUCAAUUUGUUCUCUUUUAUUUCUUGCCUGAUACCCCAAGAUUUUACAUUAUGAGAGGCAAUAUUGACGCUGCUCGUAAGGUGAUCAAACAAACUCAUAAUCAAGUAUCUGAUUCUUAUGUAAAUGCCACUAUUGAAGACAUGAUUGCUGCUAACUCCACUGUACCAGGAUCUAACCCCUUGGAACAAGCUUGGAACUCAAUCAAGAUUAUCCACAAGACUCCUGCUAACUUUAGAGCAUUGAUUUUGGCAUGUGGUUUACAAGGUAUUCAACAAUUCACCGGGUUUAACUCCUUGAUGUACUUCAGUACCACCAUUUUUGAAACUCUUGGAUUCCAUAAUGCCACUGCAGUUUCCAUCAUUAUUGCAGCUACUAACUUUGUGUUCACUGGGGUUGCUCUUUGUAUCAUUGAUAAAGUUGGUAGAAGAAGAAUUCUUCUUUGGUCAGUCCCAUCUAUGUGUAUUUCCAUGGUUGUUUGCGCUAUUGCCUUCCAUUUCUUGGGUAUUAAAUUCACUCUGGGUGCUAAUUUGGUUAUUAAGACUACCGGGAUUUCUGGUUGGGGUAUUGUUGUCAUCAUAGGUAUGGUUCUCUUUGUUGCCAGUUAUGCCAUUGGUAUCGGUAACAGUGCCUGGACUGGGGUUGAGUUGUUCUCUGACGUCAACGUUAGAGCUGUCGGAUGUAUGUAUGCCGCCGGAACCAACUGGGCCGGAUCCUUGGUAAUUGCAUCUACAUUUUUAACUAUGUUGGAAAACAUCACUCCUACAGGAACUUUUUCAUUCUUUGCUGCAUUAUGUUUUAUUUCAUUCUUAUUCGUUUACUUUUUACUUCCAGAAGUCGCAGGUUUGGAAUUAGAGGAAACUACAGUUUUGUUAUCCAAUGGAUUCAAUGUUAAAGAGGCUGCAAAGCUUUCUAAAGCAAGAAAAUUACAAUCUAAGUUUGCUGCAAAUUCUGCCCCUACUGUAUAAAAGUAAGACAAAAAAAAUGAAGAGGCGUAAAUUAGCGAAAAAUGGCAAUUCACAACCAAAAAUAAUGGCGGAUAGAUUUCCUUAGAAAAACUGCUUUGCCCCGCUAAUUUUUCCCUACCACAAAAUUAAAUCUACAAAGAUUUCAUUAGCAUUUCAGUUCUACAAUAUUAAUCUUAAUCAUAAUCAUAAUCAUUAUAUAAUAA